ACAUCUUUGUCUCCUCUCACUGUCGCCGUCUCUUCCUCUGCUCGCUGAUCCAGGCGGCGGCGUCGUCCUCCGCCGCUCGCGCCGUCUCCGGGAUCCCGCCGCCGCUCACCGCUGGUCCGCUCCUCUGCCUCCACCUCCGCCGAGCGCUUUACUUCCCUGUACACCAGUCGUCCCCCUACUCUCCACGAGCCAAGAUAGCCCAGCGCGCUUCCCAUCUGUUGCUUGCCGCCGGCCUCCCCCUGGGGUGGCUAGCUCCCUGGUGGAGGUGAGGGGGAAAGAGAGUACUCGGAUCCUUCGUUUCUGACGGAGCCCGCACCGUCCUGAUCCGGAGACGGUCAGCUCCCCCGUCGCCGGAGGCCGUCGCACAUCCACAGGUAAGCCUGUGUGUAAUUUAGACGAGGAAGCAUGAGGAGGCGACCAGGAAUCGCGGGCUUACAAAACGCGGCGGCGACUCGCGACCAAUUCCGGCUGGUCGGGGAAAAUGUGGCCAAGGUCAGGACGGAUGUCAUGAAGGAGCAGCUUGCCACAUUCAGGACACAGCUUGAAGAUUUUGCACGCAAGCACAAGAAUGAUAUUCGUAAAAAUCCAUUAUUUAGACAGCAAUUCCAUGAGAUGUGCGCAAAAGUUGGAGUAGACCCACUGGCAUCAAAUAAAGGAGCUUGGGCAGAACUUCUAGGGAUUGGUGACUUCUACUAUGAACUGGGAGUUCAGAUCGUUGACAUAUGUAUAGCAACCAGAUCGACCAACGGUGGCUUGAUUGACUUGUUAGAUCUCCGCAAACUCCUUUGUCAGAAGAGGAAAGUUGAUCUUGGAUCAUUAACGGCAGAUGAUUGUUUACGUGCAAUUAGUAAGCUAAAGGUCCUUGGUAGUGGUUUUGAAGUAAUUUCUGUUGGGAAGAAGAAGCUUGUACGUUCUGUUCCUACAGAACUGAAUAAAGAUCACAAUGGGAUACUUGAGCUAGCUCAGGCUGAAGGUUUUGUCACGAUAGAACAAGUUGAGAGAAAGUUCUCGUGGUCAACUGGCCGUGCCAUCGACGUCCUUGAAACUUUGCUCAAGGAAGGGCUUGCGAUGAUCGACGAUGGGCACAGGGACGGCAAGCGGAGAUACUGGUUCCCGUGCGUCACCCUCAGUUCUGACUCGACUGGUGCCGAUUCCAAGUCAUGACCUGUGCCAUGGCGGUUCCACUCCAUUGUUGUUACAUGUACCUGUUUCCAUCUGUUCAUUUCAUCGUGCACUGUCUGAAGCAUGGAGUUUUUGCCACUGCCUCCUGCAGUACCAUAUGUGGCAAGGUAUAAACCAAUACAGCACGACGCUUUCAGUCUUUGCAGAAUCUUCACUUUGUUUCGUGCAUCAGAA